AUGGUGAAGAGGAUAUACUUUCUGGCCCAUGGCGGUCAAGUGCAAGGUGUCGGAUUCCGGUACUUUACGCAGAGGAGAGCCACAGAGUAUGGCCUCACGGGAUGGUGUCGCAACACUGAUAACAACAAGGUUGAGGGAGAGGCGCAAGGUGAUGAGGAUGCGCUGAAGAAGCUGCUUAAGGACAUUGACGAGGGACCGAGAUCCGCCAGGGUUGUCAAGCUUGACCAGGAGGAGAGAGAUCUUGUUCAGGACGAAAAGGACUUUGCAGUUCGGCGAUGA